AUGCGCAGAAGGGCAACCUAUGUCACUCAUCCCAGUCGAGCAGUCGAUCCAGCGGAUAUCCAAGUCCGCCCCAAGCAGCUCCUGCUUGGAGGCUUGAAGGCUGCUCGAGAAGAACGCCUGACCUAUGGGUUGGAGGAAUUACCAGCAGAGUUGGCGCAUCACCUACGACAAUGUCACGAGCUUCACAUGCGAUGGGCUCCAGAGCGGCCUUACAAUACCACAGCACCGUUCCUGUCGCGGAGUUCUCCAGGGUUACACGUCCAGUACACCCCGUUGAACGAGACUCAACCUGAUCGACUCUGCGACCUCCUUCACAGACUAUUCGGAAAGCAUCUGAAAUGCGACUCGCCCAACGCCACGUUCAUCAGCCCGCCUUUAAUAUCAGAACGAUUUGCCCAGAUGUCGUCUCUCCAGUACUAUUCUGGUCUGCCUUCUCUGAAGUAUUUGGUGGCGUACAUCUACCGAACCAGCUGCGCCCCAGACGACCUUCAAUGUUUGCACACAGUAUCGCUCCUCAACAUUGCCGAUUCGGUGGACGCGGACUACGACAGCAUUUCGCACGCCCUGACCUUCACUGUCUUGUGGUCCAAACAGCCCCCUGUGUUUUACGAUCCCAUCGGCGACUUCACGACUCUUGAUGCCUGGAACCUCGACGUGCAGGCGAAAGGGGACGACAGGGUAGAGGUUGGCAUUUUGAGCGCAGGGAAAGCUACUGAACCGUCAGACUUGCAACUCUCGGGCUUUCUCACCGUGGUUGGAGAGGACGAUCGUCCAAAGGCCACGCUGUUCAGCUUCCCUUCACGCCAUCACUCUCUGAACCAGGAACAGUCGCGGGAACAGAAGUACGCCGUCUCAUUCGACCGACCUACAGGACUACAUCCGACUCUACGGAUCUCAUUCCCCUCGGCCUCAUCACUGGUCGAGCCCGCUGAUAAGCCUGCCGACAGUGUCUGCGCAUUACAGACGUAUCUGACGCUCCCGUCCUACAUCUUUGCCGACAAGUACGCCUUCCUCAGCAACGAUCCGCUCUUCCAGAACUCCCACCACCUCGGCCAGCUCCAUUCCAUUGCGGGCGAAACGGAUCUCGAGGCCCCAGAUUACGUGGUCCAGAAAUGGGGCUCAACCAUGCUGUUAAGCAUCCAGACACCCAACAACCAUACUCUCGGCGGAACCGGGACAAAGUCGAGCAGCCGCGAAAGCUGGGACAUCACUAUCCCACUACAUCUGCGGUACCUGAACCCGAACAAUAACGGCACUUCGGAAGUCGAUGUGCCUUGGCCUAUCGUGUUUUGGGCCUGCACUGCAGAUGACGGGACCAAGUUCCCCGUCAACCCCUUCGACAGGACUCAGCUUGGCUUCGACGGCCUGUUCGGGCCCAGAACAAUGUUUUAUCACUUGGAUCCUGCGCCCAAUGCAGCCUCUGCCGGCAGGCUGGUAGAGCGGAUCUCCAUUCCGGUCUUGAACCUUGAAGCCACCAGCUCGUGGUCGAUAGAGAUGCUAACGGUCGUCGCCAUCGCGCUAGGCUUCCUGUGGGUGCUGGUGAAGUUGAUGCCGGCAUUGUGGCCUCGGCCUGCUACUGAUAAGGACGCUUCGGGGUCGAAGAAAAAGCAAUGA